CUGUCGUCAUGAUGUCUAUCGUCAUAUUGGAUUACUCUCGUAUCUGGAUAAUACUGCUGCAAGAGUACAUCUGCGCUCAUAUACCACGACAAUUGAUUCCAGUUCAUUCUCCAUAAGCAAACUGGAACUGUACGAGUCUCGAAACUCAUGCCCGGCAAACCAAAUCUAUACAACCAGAAAAACAUCAGCACCAGUACACCAAUCCAAGCCAACACCAUGGAAAAAGCAGUAACCCGCCGCAUCAAACACCGCUACCCCCUAACAACAACCGACCUAACAGCCACCGAACUUCUCGCCCUAACACGCACCCUCCUCUUCGAAAACCCAACCGUAUACCAAAUCUCGCGCCCCACACCCAGCCAGACCCUCCCAAACGAGCGCCUCAAAGAAGAAAUCAAGAACCUCCCCCUCGCGCUCCGAAGGAAUAAACUCGUGCAGAUGAUGCCGAGGUAUAUCGGCCGGGUGGCUGAGCUGUGUGCUUCGCAUAAUGGGCUGAAUGCGUAUGUCGUUGGGCAUUUGUUCGAUUUGGUGGAGGUGGAGGUUACGCGGCGGUUGGAGAAGAUGGAUCGGGGUGUUGAGUGUCUGGGGAUGUUUGAGCGGAAGCUUUUGCGGUCGAUUCAAUCUAUUCGACGGGUUUGGGGAGAACGAUCACCAGAGGAUGACGGUGAGACGCCGAUUGGUGCGCCAGGGGAGCAUUAUAAUAAAUGUGAGGCGUGUAUGCUUGCGCGGAUAGUGGGGGAGCCGUUGUUUUUGCGGAAUCUGCGGAUUGCGAUUUUGAGUCGGACGAGGACGAGGAGGAAGAGUCGGGCGCCUAGGUUGUUGAGGUUUGUGGAGGGGUGUAUUGGGUGUCAUGGGGAGGCGUUUAGGGUACUGCAUGAGAGUGGGCAGUUGGCGAUUGAUUUCAAGGAGGCGAGGAAGGCUGUCGCGAGGAGAAAACGGGGGCGUCGUUCGCAUGAGCAGGUUGAAAGGAGACCGAAGGAAUCGAGCACGGAGUCUAUACUUGUUCAUCUGGACCCGGAGUUGCAGAGGGAUUGCUUUGAGCAAAGCGCUUCACGACUCGGGUCAGAAGAAGACAAGGUACCCGACACGAAGACAGAGACGGACGAGAUCAUCUCACUAUACAAAACAAUCCCAGACAAAGAUCCGGAUGAAACUCUGGUGUCAAUCGACCCUUUUCUCAGUGAUACAACUGCUGUAUCACCUGUCAGUCCAUUAUCACCCAGAAAACACACUCCCAACAUGAAGCAGACACUAGCAGGCACAAUCCCCUCUCGAGACAUGCUAGACUGGGAGCAGGUAGUGAAUUAUGAAAAGAGUCCUCUUGAUUCCUUGGCCAGAAAAAUAGAAGCCAUAGAGCUCGAAGGACCGGAUAUGAGCGAUGGCGCAGACGCAGAUGCCCUGGCAAUGGAUUAUCGUGACUUGAUCGGGAAAGGGACAUGUUAUUCUGAAUCUGAGUAUAGCCAGGAAACAUCUGAAGGUGAGGUUGUCAGAGAACCAGGUCGUCCGAUUACGACAUGGAGUCUUUUCGUGAGCGAUGACGAAAUAGCUCGUCGAGAGAUGAAGGAGUAAUUGAACUGGUCUUGGU